CCGCUUACAUUUGGUAGGUACCUCCCUAACCUAAGCAGGUGAGCAAAGGCGCCCUAUCAGGUCCUUAACCUCUGGAUAAGUUAGGUAGGGACCUAAGGUACCGAUUUAAUUUCUCUUCCAACCCUUCCUCCUUGCCUACUUACCCCUCCCUCCCUUCCCCGAGUUGAGAUUGCCUAGACGACUUCACUUCGCCCCUCACUUGGCAUUUGCUCUCUAUUUGCCAUGGCCGGCAACAUCCUCGACGACAUAUCACAUCGGCGCUACAAUCCACUGAGAGGAUCAUGGCUGCUGGUAUCCCCUCACAGAACGAAGCGGCCCUGGCAAGGUCAGCAGGAAGCGCCGGGCAUCGUCACGUUGCCCGAAUACGACCCCAAGGUAUGCGCCUUCUCUGCUACGACAAAGAGGAGGAACCUCCUUGAUAGGGAGAUACCAAUCCCGACUACAGCCAAACCUUUGUAUUCGUAAACGACUAUAGCGCCGUAAAAGAGCAACAGCCAGACUACGAGGCAGAGCCCUCGAGCGAUG